ACGGGCAGCACAUUUGGAUCCGCGAGAAAUCAGUUUGUGUUUGAAAAACACACACGGACCUGAUCAGGACAAAACCUUGACGGUGGUAUUUUGUUAAAAGAUAGCGGAGUUCAUGUAUAUUAUUAAAAAGUAGAACCGUUUAAAAAAGAAACAAACAACCUCGGUGAAAAGGAAGUGCGUCGUGCAACCUCGUGUUUAAGUGCGAGGGUCAUAGUUUCGGAGGAAAAAAGGAAUUAAAUCGAACUAAAGAUGCCUGUUCAGAAGAAAAAGAACGUUUCAGUCUCAGCAGCGCAGAGCAGGAUCCCGAGUCUCAGAUCUGCUGAGAACAAGGUUGAAGGUCCUCAGGUGAAGCGCUCGUCGUCGCCACCUCAUGGAGCUCCAAAAAAGAGGACGGCUUUUAUCGACAUCACCAAUGCUCAUAAAGUCGGGUUCAACUUUCCAGGCAGAAAGAAGAAAAAGGAGGUGGUGAAAAAGAUUAGCUCCUCUUCAUCCUCCUCUUCCUCAUCGUCUGUAAAGAGACACAACAACCCCAAAACGUCGUCUGUGAGCUCAGAGAAGGAGAAGAGUGAUGAGGAGGAGACGCCAGAGGUAGCAGCAGCGCCAGUAGAAGAGCUGGAAGUUGCUGCGCCCUCUGCUGUUAAACUUGUGCCAUCACAUCUUAUCAGACAGGAAAUUCCAGUGGAGUUUGACAUUGACUCUGAAAACUCGGACGACAUCUUCAUGUGUCCCGAAUACGCCAAGGACAUCUUCGACUACCUCAAACGUAGAGAGGAAAAGUUUGUCCUUGACAACUACAUGCACAAACAGCCCACUCUCAGCACAGAGAUGAGGGCCAUCCUCGUUGACUGGCUGGUGGAGGUUCAGGAGAACUUUGAGCUGUACCAUGAGACCCUCUACCUGGCUGUGAAGCUGACAGAUCAGUAUCUGUCCCAGACUGUGAUCCAAAGAGAGAUGCUGCAGCUACUGGGCUCCACCUGCAUGCUCAUUGCCUCCAAACUAGAGGAACGCAGCCCACCAUGUGUUGAUGACUUCCUGUAUAUCUGUGACGACGCAUACAAGAAGGAGGAGUUAAUCACCAUGGAGUGCAACAUCCUGCAGACGUUGUCCUUUGACAUUAACAUUCCCAUUCCAUACCGGUUCCUGCGGCGCUAUGCUAAGUGUGUAAAUGCAGGUAUGGACACACUGACUCUGGCUCGGUUCUACUGUGAGCUCAGUCUGCUGGACAUGGACCUGGUUACAGAGAGGGGUUCUGCACUGGCAUCAGCCUGCCUGCUGAUGGCGCUGCUCAGCAAAGACCUAGGAGGAUGGUCUCCCAUUCUACAGUUCCACUCUGGAUACCAGCUGUCAGACCUGGCUCCUGUAGUGAGGAAACUUUACAUCACACUCUCAGCUCCUCCUGACGAAAAGCUCAAGGCUGUCCGAAACAAAUAUUCUCACAAGGUAUUCUUUGAAGUGGCCUCUCUACCAUUGAUGAAGCUGGACGUUCUGGAAAAGGCUUUACGUCAGUGAAAAGAUGGCUCAGCAGAGAAGUCUGUAAAUAGUUUUGUUGAUAUGUUAAAUAUUUAUUUCCUUUGUCCAGUUAAUUCAUUUUUAUUCAUAUUUGAAAUAAAUGUUUUUUUUAUUGUUUUAACUCCAUGAUGAUUAUCUUUCCUGCUGCAUUUAUACGAUAAAAAAACGUUAAAAGAAUCUGAGCUUUGGAAAAGGCUUCAUGUGAAGUGUCUUUUAGAUGAAUCCCGUGUUUAUCAUGUUCGUCGCCUGUACAAAAUUAUGAUCUUUUACACAAGGGGCUUUGAUUCAAAGUCAAAAUAAAAAUGUUUUUCUAAA